GGUGUUUGUAAAAAAACAGAAGUGUGAAAAACAAAUCGACUUGUUGAUUUUUGACAAAAAGCGAAAGAAUGUCAACAUCCUUUUUCUUACGCUUUAUUGGUAAAAGAGCAAAGACUGCCUAAUAAUCCUGUCUUAUCCAUUACUAGACGGAUUCGUGCCUUUUCAGAUAAUAAAUAUCUUGGAGUUGGAGUGGGUCUUGCUAAAACUACCGAAAUAUUUUUGUGUAUGGCUUCCAGUGGGGGAAGAUCUCCGAAGGACCUACGGCAGAUGGUUCAAAAUAGCAAGGACACUGGCCCUGAAGCUCAUGAUGAAAUGAAAAAUAAUCUGGAAAAGCUACGUGCUCUUUCGAAAGAUGACAUUUCAGAGAAUUCCAUGCUCCGUUCUCGGAUUGAUCAACAAGCUGAACUUAUUUGCAUCUUGAAACAAAGAGCAGAUGAGUGCACAAAGAAGUCAAUAGGGUUUGAAAAAGAAAAUAAGGAGAUUAAAGCUGUGAGGGAGGAAUUACUUGAGUCCAUACAUACAGAAAGCAAAAAACAUGCAUUACUAAAGCAACGAUUUGAUGUUCUCAAUGCCAAUCACCAAGAAAUGAUAAGUAUAAAAGAUAGCUACAAAACACAGAAUGUGAAGCUGAGAUCUGAGAAUGAGAAGCUUGUUCAUGAGAAUGAGGUCCUGUUCGCAGAGAAAGUCAAGGAGAGGGAUCAGGAGAUAGAAAGACUAAGGGAGGAAAGCAAACAAUUGCAAGCAAAUUGCUCACUAGCAGAGCAGAGAGUGAUUGAAGCAGAAGAAAAGUUGGAACAAGAAAGAGUACAUCAUGAAGCAGUAGUGAGCAAGCUUCAAGAUAAACUUACUUAUUUUGAGAAAUGUGCUGCAGGAAAGGAGUCUGAGACAGCAGGCCAACUGGAGAGUGUGAAGCAUCAACUUUCCAUGCAGCGUGAUCAGGCUACUGCUGCUUUGAAGGAGAGAGACGAGUUUGCACAGCUGGCUGUAGAUCGUGGGAAAGCACUUAAGGAGAAGCAACAAGAGAAUGCGCAAUUAUCAGCAAGCUUGGAAGAAGCAGAAAAGACACUAAGAGAAAUGGAGGAUAAGUUUGCAUCGGAGCUGCAUGCAAUGUCGUCUAAUGCUCAAGUUCAAAGAAUGAAAAAACAAGUUGAUGAGAUGGAAAGAAUGUACCAUGCGCAGCAAAAGGAGUACCAGGCUUACAAGAAGCACACCAGCGCACUUCUGGAGAAAGAGAAGCGUCUAAACGAUAAACUACGCGGCUUAAUUGGUUGAACAAUAAUCAAAAUCGGUCAGAGUCACAUUUAUCAUGCAUACUUUUUAAUAUUUAUAGUGGUAACGUGAACUCCAUCGUAGAAGUGUAUAUAUGCUAUAUAUCCACAUAUUUAAGCUUAGUUUUUUGGCCUCAAACAGCUAGAAUUAUGACAUUUAAAGCAAAGCAUAGCUCAAAAUAGGUAAAUAAAAUAUCACUAUCUAUUACGAAAAAA